CAUUAUGAAUUACGAUUAUUUUCUUGUUCGUCGUACGUCCAAAAUUCACUAAACAUUUUUGCCGACUCUCUGCGUUUAAUCAAUAUUAUUUGCCGAGUUAUUUUUGCGCCAUCCGGAUCUAUAGGUUCAUCAAAAUGUCAGACAGCGAAGAGAAUGCAAAGACGAUCACUGUGACAGUAAAAACGCCCAAAGAAAAGCAAACAGUCGAAGUGCAAGAAAACGCUACCAUUAGUGAAUUUAAAGAUGUGGUGGCUAAACAGUUUAAUGCAACACCAUCACAAUUAUGUUUGAUAUUUGCUGGUAAAAUCAUGAAAGAUCAUGAUACAUUAGCAACCCAUAAUAUUAAAGAUGGACUAACGGUACAUUUAGUUAUCAAGACAAAUGCUCCACAAAACAAUACAACAACUUCUUCAUCUACAAAUACAGGAUCGGCUCAACCACCUAGACCUCCUGCUGAUAUUAAUGCUUCCCCGUUUAAUUUGGGUAUGCUGGGGGGCUUACCUGGUAUGGAAGCCUUGGGAUUCACUUCGGCUAAUUUCAUGGAGUUGCAACAGCGUAUGCAGCGUGAAUUGAUUGACAAUCCUGAUAUGCUAAGGAAUUUGGUUGAUAGUCCAAUGGUUCAACAAAUGAUGAGUGAUCCUGCACAUAUGAGACAAUUGAUUUUGGCCAAUCCACAAAUGCAACAAUUAGUUGAGAGACAUCCUGAAAUUAAUCAUAUGUUAAACAAUCCUGAAAUGUUACGGCAAACAAUGGAAAUGGCUCGGAAUCCAUCAAUGUUGCAAGAACUGAUGCGUACGCAAGAUAGAGCUUUAUCAAAUUUGGAAUCAAUACCUGGAGGUUUCAGUGCUUUACAAAGAAUGUAUAGAGACGUUCAAGAACCAUUUAUGAAUGCAGCUACUGAAGAAUUUAGCCGAAAUACAUUUGCGACUCCAAGUGAAAGUGGUGGCGAACAAAAUCCUCAACAAGGACAGGAAAAUCGUGAUCCUUUGCCAAAUCCUUGGGGUGGUUCUACUGGAACAAACCAAUCUGAUCCUUCUAAUGGAAGAGCAGCGCCAACAUCAGGUACGCUACCAACUGGGGGAACUGGAGGUACCAUGUUUAAUGGUGAUACAAUGAACUCUAUGAUGCAACAAAUGAUUGAAAAUCCACAAGUUAUGCAAAGCAUUAUGAAUACUCCAUAUUUCCAAUCAACUCUGCAGGCAAUGACUAGCAACCCUAACAUGGCCAACAACUUGUUAAGUAACAAUCCAUUGCUUGCUAAUAAUCCAGAACUUCAGUCUCAAUUCCGUAGUAUGAUGCCAGCGUUCCUGCAACAGAUGUCUAACCCUGCAGUUCAAGAUAUGUCCACUAAUCCAAAUGUGUUAUCUGCUCUUGAUCAAAUACAAAGAGGCCUUGAAGCACUACGUACUAACAUGCCAAAUAUUGGUGGAUCAUUGGGUGGCCAGUCUUUUUUUCCAACACCAAAUGCCAAUGCAACUACUAAUGCUGAUUCAACUGUAACUAGUGAUAUGCCAUCAACUGAAGGUCAAGAUAAUAAUUUUGCGGAACUCAUGAGAAGAAUGCUAUCACAAGUGCCAAAUAACAGUAUACCAGUGGCAAACACUCAGCCACCGGAAGAAAGAUACAGUUCUCAAUUGGAACAAUUGUCUGCAAUGGGAUUUGUCAAUCGAGAUGCUAAUUUACAAGCAUUGAUUGCAACAUUUGGAGAUAUAAAUGCCGCUGUUGAACGGCUACUUACUAGUGGGCAAUUGUCUACUUAACAUUCCAAAGUAAUAGAUAAAUAUAAAACAUAUUUUAAUUUUUGUAAAUCCAAAAAAAAAAAAAAAAUAGUUUUUGGUUCAGUCCUACGAAUUUAUGCAUUUCAAUUCUUAAGUUUUGGUGCCACAAUAACCAAAUUUGUAGACAUUAUUUCAUUAAAACACAUAAUUUGUUAUACUUGAAUUAUAUAAUUACAUAAUUAUUUAGCCUUCUAAACCCUUAUUUAUGUUUUGAUUAAAUAAUGAAAAUCAAUUUACUUGUUAUGAAUGGUAUUCUAAAAUAUUUAGAAAUUACAUGUUUUAUUAUCCAGUCUGAAACUAUUUCACUAUAAUUUAUAGAAGAAAAUAGUAGUGCUACUUUGUGUUCGCUUUGAUGUCAUUAUAUAGAAUCCAGAACUGUUUGGUGUGAACCUUUAGAUUUAAAAUUUAAUAAAUUAUUAUUAUAUCAUUUUGGUUAUGUAAAAAUAAAUAAAAUAUAUUAUGUACUAAUUACCCAAUUGGUUAUAAAACAAAUGGUAUGGUUGAUUAAAUCGAAAUUUUUUUUUA